AGACUGUCCUAUGCCAUCUAGUGGUUUGAAAACACACAACGAGGGUAAUAGCUUUGGGUGUUUGACUGAAGUUAACUCUCUCUAGGCCUAACAAACAAAAACAGCUAACAGAUUAAUGUGAACAGCUUUAGUAUUAUGUUGAGCUGGAUACUGACCUCUGGACUGAAAACAUUAGACCAUUAUUUAAUACUCUAGAAGAUGAUACAAUGAAGAUGGAACUGGAUUACAGAAAAUCACUUCAGCAUUGAGGCCUGAGGAACAACAGUUUCUGCUUGAAAGGCAGUUUAUCUUCAGCUAGACAUGGCAGACUAUGAAGUGUCUGUUCAACAGCUCAAUGAUCUGUUGACAGAUGAAAACGGAGACUUCUGUAUGCCCUCCAAACAUUUUAAUGAAGUCUACCCCGGGAUACUCCUAGGAAAUGAGUCUGUAGCCACAAAUGUAACACGUUUGCUUCAGCUGGGAGUGACGCACAUCCUCAAUGCUGCAGAAGGCCAAUCGGACAUGCAUGUGAACACGGAUGCAGAGUUCUACGCAGACACUGGGAUCAUCUAUCAUGGGAUACCAGCCUUUGACACUGACCAUUUUGACCUCAGUGUAUAUUUUGAAGAGGCUUCUAAUUUUAUUGAAAGAGCUCUGGCAAUAAAAGGUAAAGUGUAUGUACACUGUCAGAAAGGCUACAGUCGAUCGGCUGCAUUAGUCAUCGCACACCUGAUGCUGCAGCACAGGAUGGAUUUACGAACGGCUGUGGCCACAGUAAGAGAGAAACGGGAGAUCGGACCCAAUGAUGGAUUCCUGCGCCAGCUCUGCCAGCUAAACGAUUGGCUGGAUGGUGAAGGAAGGCUGGGUGAUUAAUACCUAAAUAAAUCUGUGUUUUUAUCAGUUAAACGUUAGUAGUUAGUAGUGCAAAACAAUUCUGGUAAGUAUUUAGUUUGCCAUUUGGAAUGACUGUUUUCUUCAUCUCUAAAGUGGCUCCUGCCCUCUAGUGGUACUGGAAAUCAGAGUUUAGGACAGAAAUUUUUGCUACACACACACUUUUAGUACCCCAUGAUAAUAAUUACAGUUUUGUAAUCAAACACAAGAGGUCUUUGCAACAGACAACAGUCAUUUAUUAAACAAUUUAAAGUGAAAGUAGCACACAUACCUGAGUUACUCUGAAACCCCUCCCACAUUUUCUGCUUUCCACUGAUUGGUAUUGAGCAUAUUAAUAUAAUGUGAUUGUGUAGCUGCAAAUAGGACAUUUUUUAUUUAUUUUACUUGGUUCCUGCAUGUGAAAAUAUUAUCUUAACUGUAAAAUUAUUUACUACAUGCAAAAAUAACAGCUGAAAGCAAAUAUCUUAAAAAUAUAUAUUAUUUUUUUUUUUUUUUUGACCAAGCUACAGUCCAAUAAUGGUUAGCAUUUUGAGAAUCUAUUUCACCUCUCUCCAAAUAAAGAUGAAAUAUAAAAAAAAGGGGGGGAAAAAAAUCUGCAUUACAUCCACUAAUCCACUGAACAGAGGCAUUGGGGGGAACCUCACAGUCCCUUCACAUCCAUUACAGGUUGGUACUAUGACACAAUUUAAUAGAAGGAUAAUGUACAAUGCUACAAAGAAUGAUUUAACAGCAGUUCUGCACGCUGGACUAGAUGGUGUACCACGGACCCAAAGAGGAGAGGGCAUCUCAACAACUUCCUGUAUUAGCAUGGUUAAUGUAAAGCACAUUGAUUAUGCUCCACAAGUGAGAAAAGGACACAAACAUUUGUGCAAGCAUCAUUGUCUUUGUCAUUAUAUAGAGCUAUUUGUGGUAGAGAGAAUGCAGAUAAAAGCACUGCUAAAAUACAACAAUAAUGUACAUAUAUUUCACUUAUUGAACAUAAAAAGGCCUAUUACGCUAAAACAAAGGCCAGUGAAGUGCCUGCGGUGAGGAUGAGGAUGGUUUCUUACAGUAAGUGAGGUCCUGUUGUGUAUUAGACCCUGCUGAAUAUUACAGUUUGAGGUACUGGUGAUGGUGGUUUAGCUUUAAAAAAACACAUCUUCAGAACUGCUGCAGAUGUGUCCUUUUAUAGUUGGAUAAAAAUCUUAGCAUACACUAACAUUAACAUUCAUCAUUCACUCCAGUCUGUCACAUCAUGGCAGCUUGUGUGUUGGUUAAGAUACUGGAGGAGUGAGAAUUACUGUUUAAUAUUGACACAAAUAUGACAAUGAGUCUAUGCUGAACUCACCCUCUUAUAUCGUUUGCAUGUGAGGUAUGAAGGUUUGAAAUAAUAGAAAUCACUACAAGAGAAUCUUGAUAUGGGAGACAGCCGUCAUGAAUACUAAUGAAGUGUGUCAAAUCAAACGCAUGAGAAGCACAAUGGCCAUCCACACUGAGCACUUACACACCCACAGUACAGUUCAGAUUGAAAGCAUCUACAAAAAAAGCACAGUGUCUAAAAUAAACUUUAGUUUUGCUCUGAACAAUUGCUCGUAACAAUCUAUUGACUCCUACUUCCAUAAACAGCCUGCAAAUGUGUCACGUCCACUCAGCAUAAAAUACAGCAAGUAUUCUGAGUAAAGAAUGAGUGUUUUCUUUUCUUCUCUCAUCAGAAGAUGUAGAGGGUAUUUUUUUUUUAAUGGAAUGCCAGGUCUUCACACAGAACUCAAAAAUGACUUGCUACAUUGCAGACUGUGGACAUGUAGAUGACAAGGGAUUUAAUAGAGUGAGUGAAUUUUCCAGAGGUCUGCUGAAAGACCGUUUUUAAGAUCUAUUAAAGGAGUCAUAGCAUUAUUUACAUUUUUCCCCCUGAGGUGCACUUAUUUAUUUAUUUAUGCUCCAACAACAGUCAAAUUUUUUAUUUCUAAUGGUUCUUAUGCCUUUAAGUCAUCUACAUAAACUUUUUUCACAUAUGAAAUGAGAAAUUAAUUUUUUCUUGUUCUCAUCUGUAAACUGGAUUCGAUCUUCCCUGGAACCUUCUUAAAAAUAAACUCAUUUCCUAAAGGGAUAGUUGACCCAAAAAAAUAAAAUUCUGGCAUCAUUUAUUCACCCUCAUGUUGUUCCAGACUUCCUAUCAUCUUUUGAAGAUAUUUUUAAUAUCCUCUCAUCAUUUUUGUCUAUCCACUGAAAGCCCACAAAACCAGAAUCUGUGUUUGAAGAUGAACAUAAGUUUUGUGGGUUUGGAACGACAUGAGGAAAAUGUUAAUUUUUGGUUGAACUAUCCGUUUAAAGGAUUAGUUUAGUUCACCCAAAAAUUAAAAUUCUGUCAUUAAUAACUCACCCUAAU